CAGUGUUGGGUGUCUUUGUUUUGUGUCACCGACAAAAGUUGUUAUAGAUGUAGACAGAAUAAAAAUUUAAACUUAACAAAUUUUAAAAGUCUGAGCAUAAGUUCGAAAUAUGAGUAAGACUCCAAAUGAUUCCAAGAAUUCUGUGAACAACGGCCUAAAUUUAUUCACCACUUCGUCCAAAGCAAAGUUGGCAGGAUGUGUGGAAAUUGGACCUCACGACUACGAACCUUUCCAACACAGAGACUUUGUCAACGGUCUCGGAACCAUGGGGGCGCUUUUCCACAUGAUCAAAGGGAGUCUCGGCUCCGGUAUCCUCUCCAUGCCAAUGGCCUUCAGGGACGCGGGACUAUGGGUCGGACUCAUCGGAGCAAUCCUCAUAGGAAUACUGUGUACACACUGUGUGCAUAUACUGGUGAUGUGUUCUCAAGUAUUAUCAAAGAGGAUUAAGCGACCCAGUCUAGGGUUCGCAGAAACUACAGAAGCUGCCUUUUCCACAGGUCCUGUCAUGUUUAGGCGGUAUGCAGGAGUGGCCAGGGAGGUGGUAAAUGUGUCUCUUAUUUUGUCCUACUACCUUGGCACAACUGUCUACAUAGUAUUCAUUGCUGCUUCAUUCAAACAGGUAGUAGAUAGUGCCAUGCAAGUGGAUCUCAACAUUAGGCUGUACAUUCUCAUGGUGAUGGUGGUGAUCAUUCCCAUCGGUAGUAUUCGUCACCUCAAGUAUCUAGUGCCGUUCUCAUUCUUCGCCCUCCUCUGCCUCAUCUUCGGCUGUGGUUUCGUCCUCUAUGAUGUCUUCACGGACCUUCCACCACUCAGCUCCAGGCCGUUCUUCAGUUCGUGGAAGCAAUUGCCACUGUUCUACGCCACGAUGUGCUUCUCUAUCGAGGGGAUUGGAACGGUGCUUCCUAUAGAAAAUGCCAUGAAGAAACCCAAGCACUUCUUGUCGUGCCCGUGGGUACUGAAUGUAGCCAUGACGUGGCUUGUACUCAUGUACUCUAUGGUGGGGUUCUUCGGCUACCUCAGAUACGGAGACGCCACGGAGGGCAGUGUGACCCUUAACCUUGGACAUACAUUCAUGAGUGAAAUGGUAAAGAUCCUGGUGGCACUGAAUGUAUGCUGCUCGUACGGACUCAUCUUCUGUGUUCCCAGCGAGAGUAUGUGGAAAUACGUUGAACCAUUGGUCAAAGAGGAGAAUAAAACUCGCUCUUACUAUACUAUGAGGCUACUGCUUAUACUGGGCACAGUGGCUCUAGCCACAGCCCUGCCAGACCUGGAGCCAGCCAUAGGUCUGGUAGGAACCAUCUGCUACUCCACCCUGGGUCUGCUCUUCCCGUCCCUCCUGGAGCUCAUCACAUUCUGGGACGACCCGGUGUACAUGGGUCGGUGGCGCUGGAGGUACUUCAAGGACUUCCUGCUGAGCAUUGCGUGGUUGGUAGCCCUGGUGGCCGGCCUGCAGGCUAGCAUAGCUAAGGUUGUAGAGAUCUACUGGAAUUGAGGUAGCGGGAAUUGUUGGAGAAGGAAAAAUGGAGUGGAAAGUUGGUAACCCUUGUGUAAAUUCCAAUGAAUACCUAUUGAUAAAAAUAGACAUCGCAUUUCCGUGUUAAAUUUGUUACCAGAUUGACAAAAAAUGAACUAUUUUGAAUUGAGCCGACAGAAUGCACAGGAAUUAAUGAUUUCUUUCAAAAACACCAACUUAGUAACUAAAUACUUAGUCAACAAAUUAUAUUUUAACUACUUUGUAUGCAUAAAAGAUUAAAUUUACUUUUAGCCUUGUGAUAAAUUAGUUGCUUUUACAAUAUUGUGUUUGGUUGGUAAAUUUGAUAAAGGAUGGUUUUAUGUUAUAUGACUUUUUAAAGAUAUAAAAAUGUUAAACCCAUUUGACAAGUUAACAUAAGUCGUAAUACAACUUUAGACGGUUUUCCUUAUAGCAAAAUGCUUUUGUACAAUCUAUGUCUUGUGUAUUAGUGUAUUAGUAUCAGUCUAGUAGUAGUGAUGUGAUAUUAGCUGUAAAACUGUAAAGCCUCAAAAGUAGUGUAUGUAUGGCAAAAUUUGUUAUCGAGAUUGUAAAUACUAUGUAUAUAAACAUUGUUGUUAUAAUUACUUUAUGAAACUUCAUAUAAAAUGCUAUUAAAUUUUAGUUUUUAUGCAAA